UAUUAUUUAUGUUUACCCGUAACUAAGCUACAAAGCUGUGUGACAAAACGGUAAUUUCUCUGUGUGUAAUCAACGCUUGAUUAUUUGUGAAUAAAUUUAGCGAGUGUCCAGAGGGAGUUAGCGUUAGCUAGCUAACUUAGCUCGCUAGCUAGCCUUGCUAACACUAGCAGCUCACUGAGAGAUGGGGUCGGUUUCAUUGUCUGUCGUGUAUCGCUAUUUGGUCAUCGAAGCUAAAUAUCACAAUACCCAGGCUCGCAUGUAAAGGGACAAUAUAUACUCCAGUGCUUCAGUGACUUUACUUUAAUAUCUUACAACCACAAUAGGCUGUUAGCUUUGCGUGAGUUAGCCAUCGUUUUGUAGCCGGACAGAUGGACAGGUUGUUGUUGGGCAAGCCAAGUUAACGUUAGCAUGAGAUAGCUUGUUGUUGUUGAUGAUGGGUUAGUUGAAAAUUAAGAGGGCUAUUAUUUGGGGUUGCAAAGUUGAGGUGCACGAAAGUUCGUAAACAUUACAAACCAGUAUCAUCACCGGUUAUUGCUAAGCCGACUGGUCUUAGCCGUGGAUGGCUAUGAUUAUGGCUUCAUGAGCCAUUGAUCUCAGAACUUUGUCAGAUUAGCUCAACAGUGAAAAGCCUUUUUAUGGAGGCGUAAUGGUGGACGGUGGUGCCUCCGUCUGGGUGUGUGUCUGUCUGUCUGUCUGUCCACGCCAGACUACAGACAAACAAACGCCUACUUUGCACCAUAAUACUAAUGUUUGUGUAACUGAUAUCACAUUUCACCACUUUAUGAAUGUAAAUGAGGUGUUUUGUGCUGACGUCUAAGGGCAAGCUCUAUGCCCACUUUACCGUUCAUUUCCGGUUGAAGUCCAGCAUUUAAAGGCACUCAUGUGACAUAAUAAUGUCAUGUUAAUUGUGAGAUAUAUCUGAAUUAUUAUGUCUUGUAAUGACUGUUGGGGCUCAUUUGUUUUUUAAGGCAGGCACAGCAUCUACAGCGAGCUAGCUAUGAAUCUUGGGUCAUGUUGUUGAGUGGUCGGUUCAAGUCAGUUUCACAUUCACCUGUCUUUGAGAUGUGUUUAGGAUGACAUACAUCAGUGUGUAUAUCCCUACGUCUGCUAAACAAGUGUCCUCUUUUUUUUUAGGGCAAGUAGACAGUUGGCACCCUUGGCUAGUGAUGGGGGACACAUGUCGCAUUGCAUUUUAUGAUGGGCCUUGGCUUGGCCCGAGGAGGGGUGCCUCUUAUGAAAAACCUUACUGCGAGUGAUGCAACUGGACGGGCAUAACUCGAGAUCCUCUCUUUAUUCUGCUGUAUCAAGACUGAAACGUUUUGAUAACACAUCUGUAUUUUCCAUCUCCCACUAGGUUUUUGUUUUAUAUUCUAAUAAUAAACCACAGUAACUACGCCUAAUACUGCUGCUACCUGCAGGGUAGUAUGGCAUAGCUCAUAUUGUUUCCAUCCAAGUCUGUCUGUGGUGUUAUCAUAAUAGUAUCUGUGUAGCUCACUGUAGGACACGCUUUAAACACAGCAGGUAGGGUCUGGUCGAGUGUGAGCUCAGCCACUGUGAAAAUGUUAACAGGAAAUGCUGGGGCAACCACGAAGUCUCUCUAAAAUCGACCAGCUAUCGUGGAUGAUAGUCGAGGGGCCAUUGUUGUACUUUAGUUUUUAUGAUCCGGAUUGAGCUGUAGUGAUGUCCUCAUGAAAAUAAUGACUGUAGGAUUCUUCACUUGUUGUAAAUCAAAAAAGAUUCAAAAGUAAAAGAUGCUGCUGCAAGUGAUAAAUGACCCCUGGUCUUGUAGGGGGUAGUGUAGUUUUGCUUUCAUUUUUUCAUUCAGUUGUGUUACAUACCGAAUGCUACACUGAGCUAAGUUCAUCACACUAUUUUGAAUUACUCACUUUUCCUAAAGGUAGGAAAGUGACAGGCAUGCAAAGCUCAAGCACACAAUUUAAACAAAUAUGAGAAAGGACUCAAGCGGAUAGAUAGAGAGACGUGGACAUCAUGAGAGAGAGAGAGAGAGAGAGGGAGAAUCGAAUCGAAUCCUUUGGAGGAUAAAGAUCCAGAUCCAAAACAUCUGGAAUGAGGCAUAGACAGCCAGGGGAGGGAGAGCGAGAAGUCCUAGGAUUGCCAAUGGUCCAGCACAGAGAAGCCUGGGUGAAAAGAGAGGACAAGGUGCAGGAAAUAGAGAGAGGGAGAGAGGCAUACAGCUUGAACGCUUGAGUGACAACAACAAACAGAGGGUUAGAGAGUUGCAGUGGCUUUCAGAAGGUUUACAGUGUUCUUGUCGACUGCUGACUUCUUUUGGACUUCGGGGACAGACGGUAGCCCUGUAUAGUCUGAUAGCAUAGAUCACAGGAUGGAAUAAGUGGGUUAGGGAGAUCAGACCGGUACGAAGGGGCGUGCCCAUUGACAACUUUCUAUCUCGUCAGAAGUACCUUAAAGUCUGAUGUGUUCCAACUCUACAGAUCUGUGUAGUUAUUUAGAGAUCUGGAUGUUUGAGAACUGCCUGUUGUGUCAGUUUCUCUGUUUGUUGGACAGGAGUAGUUCUGUCGGCCACGGGGUCCCACCCAAAGGCCUUGGGCGAUUCAUGGAGCUGGAGGAGAGCACUUCUCCAAGGUUUGGCUGAAUGAACUCUUUCUUGUUUAUCCUGUUGGACUUCAUAUUGACUCAAACGUGCGUGUUUACAGUGUGACCAACCUGUCUGAGACAGUGAGAGGUAUGCUAACCACGUCAAAUUUUAGGUUCACUACAAACAGCGUACUUUGAGUUAAAACCAGCUUAUAGCCUCCACCCUACGCCCCUACUCGAUACUUUUCAGCUCAACAGUAGCCCGUUUGUGUGGCCAAUGCCCAACAAAAUCCUGUCCCCUGGUUCAGACUGGACAUGCAUCAAUGUAGAAGACUUCUGGUAUUCUUUCAAUAUAUAGCCACCUGUUGACCAGGUGGGCCAUAUGGCUAACAAUGAAUUGGCCCUUGAAUAAAUAGUAAGAAGUGGUAUUUGUUGUCAAGAGACUGUUCUGCAUACUUGUAGAGGUACAAUUUUCAAUCUGCCUGGAACAAUUGCUUCCACUGUGUUGUCAGUGCAAACAUGGCAACUCUCGGUGUAGCAAACAAGCAGACGGGCCACUUGGAUCCAUGCAACAUCAAGGCAUGUGUGUCCAAGAGGGGACAAACUGGCCGACUCUGUGACACGUGACUGUUUAGUGUGCAUUGUGUAUAGAUGUCAUGCCUGACCAUAAAGUCAUCAAAACAAGUGUUAACUACACUCACUUACCCAGUUUAUCAUUAGCAAAGUAAUAUGUUUCUUGAGUAGAAAGUGUGCAGCAGUAGAUACAGAGCGUGUUUAUAAAAUCCCAGCUAUAGACACUUUUACGUACGGAAGUAUGGCGGAGUGCAAUAGCUUGGCAUGCUAUGCAGGGGCGUGAACCACCAAAGAUCUUGAGUGCAUCCUAAACAAAUUGACCUUCCAGAUCUGUGCACGAACAAAACAUGUACGUGUCCUCGUAAAAGUAGUCGAUCCGUUUUAAAUGCAUACUGGCGCAUUUGGCUGAAAGUCACCAGUUAACACGGUGCGUCAUUGAACAUAACAUUUUGAUGCUGGUAAAAGUUUGAAUUCAACACUGAACACUUGCUAAGUCUUGUGCCAGGCUCGGACAAAACGUUGGUUUUUAUUACCAACACGCACGCACAUGUUUUUGAUGAUGUCGUUUGUAAAACGGUCUAUUGUUGUGGGGUUAGACGGGGCCAGGACGAAGAAUCGGGUGAAGUUUAUAGUGAGAUUAUAUAGAGAUGAACAACGGUAAAAAUAGUCCUGAAAUGGUCUUUGUGCCAGAGUGCUGUGAAGUGUUGGACACACUGCAUUGAUUGUCUAACGCCACGUCGCUCUACAUAGGAAAAAAAUGACCUGAUUAUCAUUCCCGAAGCACGCUGUCAUUCCCACUGCCCCAAAUCUGUUGGAGGAGCCCGUCAUCAGGCUAAUGUCACGUGGCCUUUUGGAGGAAAAUGACUUUGGUUGCAAAUUGUGUUUGAUUUUUGGAUCUUCAUAUUUUAAACCAGCAGGAGUCUCCUCAAGAGUUCCUGGGUAUGAUGUCACGUGUCAUUGUUUUAUACCGGGGGCGUUCGAUUAUUGUUUCUUGCCGUUUGUAAAGUAGAUCCAACAGGUGAACGUUUGGGGCUUUAAAGUGAUACGUGAGAUCUGGAAGGUCACUGUAAAGAGUUUGUAGUUUCGCCGAUGUGUCAAAUUUGAUAAUGGAAUUUUUAAUGUGGUGGAAUUGUGUUAAUACACAGUCAUGACAUCACUGUUAGGUUUGUCAACAGACACUUAACGGCCACACCCAACGGUGGUUUUGGGUUUGGCCAUAAAAAAGGCUGAACAUCAGAGGCUGAUGCGUAAAUGUUCAUGCCAGUCAUGAUGCUGGUAAAAACAGGCAUGCUAAUGUGUAAAGUGAUCACCAGUUUGGCAUUGAUUAUCAUGAAAAAGAAUACUUGUCUACCGACUGAAUACACACUCUUCACUUUCUGUCUUUGUGUGUUUUGUGUAUCUAGACGGCUGUGGUUAGCAGAAGGCUAUUUUAUUAGCAACAUUUUCUCUCCAUCUCUCUAAUAGCUAAGCCUUCUGUGUGAUCUCACGCUGCUUCGCCUGAUAUCGUAGCUCACUAGAGCCUCAAAUCGCAGUCUGUCAUCUCAAAGGGAUUUACGGGCCUACAAGCAAAGAAAACUGGGCCGUCACUUUCAUAUAAUUGGCUCUAUAUAAGGGCAAUGGGAUCACAGUCAUGAUCAAGAUGAUCUGAAAUGAAUGACUAGCAUGAAGGAUGAUGAAACGUGUGCACGUGCUAGUGCUCGUCUUGUGGGAGGGGCUUAUGACAUAGGGGUGAGCUGUAUUUUUAAAUGUUGACUUUUUUUUUUCUUCCAGAAAAAAGCCUUCCCUGGCAUAGCAUUUGAAUUUCAAUAUGCUGAAAGGUUAUUGUGGAAUUAUUGCCCAAUAACGCCAAAAAUAGACCUGCCUACCCCAGCUAUAAUUUGCAGCUAGUUCAUUUACAAUUGCUACGAGUCUUGAUGACUUUCCCCAUAUCUGGAGUCUUAUGGAUGUCUCCGCUACACAGAAUGCUUUAUUCUCUGCGUACUAACCAUUACUGAAGAGGAUCUCCUGAAAGUUAUGAUUGCCAACUGAACUCAAAAAUAUGUGGCAAGCGACACACAUUAGCCAGUUGUGUUCUCCUUCACUCCUGAUGUGCUCAGCUCCUCGUUGUCCUGUGGCGUUCACAGUAUUACUUUGCACCCUUUAAUCUCUUUUUUUUUUUUUUUUUUUUUUUUUUUUUUCUCUCUUCCUACUCUGGUCACUUCCUGCUACCAUUCAUUUGAGAAAUGUAAUCUGAUAGCAGUGUGCUUGUGUCCUGGCCCUCCAGUCUGCAUGUGGGUAUGGCCUUCUGGUUUUAUAGGAUUAUGGAGUAACCAUUUGGAAGCAAUUUGGCUGAAAUUGGAGAUUAUCCCUGUCUAGGGUUUUUGAAAACAUUUCACUCUUCCUUUUUAUUAUAGCAAGUAAACAUCUGCAGUUGAAAACGUAUCCAUUGAUUUUAGGCUGAACACUACUAGAGACGGUUGACUUGCGAUUUCAAUGUGCUUAACGUCGUAAUCUAGACAUUCUUCAUGUUUUUUGAUGGUCAGUAAAUGAUGUUCUGUUCAAUUACUGGGAAUACCACCGAAGGCUUUUAUGCAUUGCACAUGUUUGUCUAUGCGUGCGUGCCAAAAUCCCAAAGAUAUGUGGGAAUGACGUGUCCUUUUUUAUUUGUGCGUUGGUUCUAAGGGUGGAAGGGUGGAAUACCCAAACAGCUGUCUGCUACUCGCAUGCGUGGAACAGUACAAUUCUAGAGCUCGAGUUCACCGGAAAUGUUUUGCCAGUGCACCAGUUGUUGACUAUAAGCUGCCGAUCGGCUAUCAUAGCGCUGUUGCAUGCUAGUCAGAUAGCGCAGUUAGUUUUAAUUAUCAUCAGCCUUUAAAUUUGACAUUUGUGAUUAUAUUUUUUUUAUUUUUUUUUUCUUACUGACAGCAUGCCAGAAUUCGAGUGCCUGGCUGUUACUGAUACAGUAAGAAUUCUGGCCAAUGAGCCAUUGUUGAAUGUUUAAAAUAAAAAAGGUUUUCGUUAAAAUUUGGCUUUCCCCGCCGCACCUAUAACCGAACCGUGACCCCAAAUCAAGUGACAUACUGAACCCCGUGAGUUUUGUGUACCGCUCUGCUUCUAGUUGGUUCUCUAUGUUGUAAGGCUUCGUUAACAAGUACAUCGGUGUGUUCUUAAAAACAUCCAGAGCCAUAUAUACGUUUUAAUGUGGCUGUAUGGUCACGCAUUCUUUGUGUGCUUGUGUACAAAAGCCUGGUUUGCACUUCCUGGACUUACUGCUGUUGUCGUUGUCACGUUGCUAAAGGAAGAAUCCAGGUGGAGACAUGCGCACACAUACAUACACUCUGUGUGGCCCGGGCUCUCUCGCUCACACGAACACACACACGAACACACACACACACAGAGGCAGCCUGGCAGAUUCAGGGUUAAAGGCUUCCAUUUUGUUAGGUAACACCCUAAUGGUCUGAUCUGUCAGUGGCGUUAAAAUGGCAGGGGCUUAACCCUUGGCGUUCGGAACACAACCAGUAGGAGCGCGCACACACACACACACACUCUGGGCUGGCCGAGCCUACAACAGAACAACUGAGGAGGAGGAGGGGAGUGUGUGAGGCAGGGAGGGGUAGAGGGAAGGACGAAGGAGUGAGGGAGAGAGAGAGAAGACAAGGAAGAGUAUUUUUCACUUGGGUACAGUUUGAUUAUGGCUCGGCUAACCACAUGCGCUCUGCACCCUUCUCCCUCCCCCAACUAUGGCACCACCUCAGCUGGGUCCCUGCCCCCACUCCUAGUGUGGUGAGCACAGAUUAGCAUAGGUAGUCCGAUUUUUAUUUUUCUUCUAAUUAGGCGGUCCCAAAGGAAAAAUAGCUUUGCUCUUUGAUAGCCGGAGAUUAUUUUUGUAAUUGAAAAACACAUUUUAUAAGUAGGGUAAGAGGUAAUUAAGGCAGUAGAAGUAACCUUUAUGGCGAUGAGCAGUAAAUAAUCAGAAAUUAAAAAUAAUCCUCGCUUCGUCAUGUAUUGAUGAGAAAAUUGGCAGUUUUGAGCUAAUUCAAUAUUACAAGGGCCUGGUUCCUUCAGCCAAACAAGAAGAAGAAAAGAGUUGUCGCACUGCUGUCUUUUAUUGGGCAAUAAUAAUCCAUACUUGUAUUGCUUUUAUUGGACAAUAUAAUUGUUGUUUCCCCUCUCAUUGAACCCUAAGGACACGGUUGAAAAGCCUCAGUAUUUUUAAAAUGGCUGUUAAUGUGUUUGCUGGCUGGGUCCAGUCCCAGUGGGGAGAUCAUUACAGUGUUGGAGAUGAGAGCCCUGCAUGCUACCUCGAGGGGGAUGAUGAGCCUUUCGCCAUUGAUCUGCUCUGCCAUUGAUGAACUACAGGACACAAUAGAAUAAAACCUGUAGUGUCAGACGAGGUCACAAGAUUUCCAUUUGCUUUCAGGCAAGUGCAUCUUAUCCUGCUGCAACACACACCGGGUCGGGAGGUUUUCUGCAUACACCUUAUUUUAAGAAGCCUAAUGUUUGCACAUACAGCUCUUAAAGAGAAAUGUAUUAAGUGCAUUGAUUUUGAGCCGGCCUGCUUUGAGGCAGUUACUGUGUAGGAAAUGAAACGGCUUGGUACAAACCUUUUCUUUUAGGUUAAUUUGAAUGGGCAGUAGAAACUCCAUCUUUUGUUUUGAUGUAAGAUCUGCUCUGCUCUAAGGCCUUAUUAUUCUGAAGAAAACGAGAGGGACAUGCAUGUACUCCUCCUCCAUGGUCUCCUGAGAGGAGCAGACACAGAUCACUAAUCACUGGCUGCCUUCUCCGACUCUCUUUCUCCUCCUCUCGCCAUUUUCGUUGCUCUUGUAAUGUGGCGAUACAUUUGCGUGUCAAAGUGAUGUAUCUUCGUGAUGUGGCAACCAAAAAUAGGGACAGCAAAACAUGCGCCCCAAAUAAAUCCUUUUAAAACAUUUGUUGCAUUCGUGAUAUUUAAAAAUCGGAACCAGGCGAUGCUGCAUGUCCUAUAACCCUAACCCAGAAACAUCACAAAUGUGCAAAUUUAACCAGAUGAACCCAAACAAAGUAUCAUGCCAUCUUUGAGCUGGAUGGGAAAGCAUGCACAUACAUAUGACAUCACAAUUUCGUUAUUAAGAUGACGUAUAACUGCAUAGCAUCUUAAAUACUCAGAAUAUAAGAUGACUUAAAAAUGGCAACCAAAAACUGAUGCCUGGUUUCCUGCUUGGCAACUACUUUUAAAAGUUCUUGAGUCCUGUGGGGAGAAUGUUUGAUCAAUGUGUCGCCAGCACUAUGCAGAUGCUUUUGGUGAUGUUUAGUUCAGCUUCUUUGAACUCGAGGUGCUUGAAUUUCCUCCCAAAAAAACUGGAAGCACGCCAUGCAGAUAAGAUGUGACGCACAUACAAAAUCAACAGUGAAAUGAUCACGUGUUCUUGCUUCGGGAACAGAUCAUUUAUGAGCCUCGUGUCAAAAUUAGUCAGCUUUUUUUAAAUUCCCGUAAUCUGAGCCUGGCCUCGAGUACAUGGACCAUGUGUAUCGUGUAAAUCAGAGAACUGUAACAUGACGAGGCCGGCAGGCUUGAACGCUGUGAAAAGGAUACCGGAGUGGACCUCUGAUCAACUAUUGUGGACGUUAAUAGGGGGUUUGUUGAGUCCCAGGCAGCAAGGUUUUGGGCAGCAGUAGCUCCCGGUGGACUUCCUGAUGGACAAGUCGGGCUUGUUUGUGAGAUUGUAGUGUCAGUUUCAUUUGGUUUGACACGCUAGAUGGAUGGAUGGAGCUCUGGGAGCAUUGGAACGGGCAGGAAUGCUACUAGCAGUGAUUUAAGGAUCUCCUCUCAGCUGAUUGCCUGGCCAUAGAAUACAAUUUCCCGAUGUCAAAUUUCAAUCGAAAUUGGUUUAUGCAAGCUUGAAGUGUGACUUCUCCCCCAGGUAUGAGCCUAAGAUCACUGCAUGAUCUUGAAGGCAAGUAGCUAAGAGACGAAAACACAGCCACUUCCGCAUGACGAACGUGACGGCUACAGUAGCUAAGAAAAUAUCAAUAUGGCGUUGGGCACUGAAUUUGAUGAAUUUACAGUUUUACAGACCCGAGAGUCUCGGAUAACCUGGAGGUUGUGAAUGACCUAUCACACAACAGGGCUUCAGGGCUCUGUGAUAGAAAUCAAGGCUCUGAAUAGAAAACGGGCUCCAGUGAGAUGUGGUCCUUCACUAAAAAGGCCCAGUGAAACGAAGUGUGAUGCAAGUUGCAACAAUGAGAACGAGCACACACACACACACACAUCCCCGGGUCAGUCUCCAGUGCGCGCACACACACAAACACACAACGCUCAUAAUCAUCACGUAUGCAUCAUGGACAACAAUUUCAUUUAGUUUUUUUUCCACCCGUGUUGCUUAGCAGCGGUGCAUCCAGCACAUGAAUCAUUGGGUUCGUGAUGCUGUCCGUCUCUUCUGGGACAAAAGGAAGCCACGUGUCUCCGGACCUCCUGAAACUAGCAACCGCAGCUGUCCUGGUAACGCGCAGAUCUGAUCUCGCCUUGCGUCAUCCCCGAGGGUUUGAGUCAUUUUGUACCUGACACGGUUCACUGCCACACCGCUACAGCCCCAGUAACGUGUAGCAGCUUCUUCUUUUUCUGCAAUCUUACAGAGUGAAGUGCGGUUUCUGAUGCAGUGUGUGUGUCGUAUAUGCAGCCCACUGUCAUCUCUGGCAGAUAGAUAGCCUUUGUGUCCAGGGAUGGUACAGCAGGGCACAUCUGUCCUUGUUGUGUACCAGAGGGGAGAGAGAGCGUUUUAGGCUCACUAUGCAAUGAAUGUUUAGCUGUGUGGUUUCUUUAUUAUUUUUUAUUUGUUUUGGUUGGGGUUAGCAGCAUCUUUUUAGCUCAACAUCUUGCACAGUGUCAAGGAUGCCUGUGUCUUAUCUCCAGUGGAAAAUAAGAACUUGGCUGAAUUCACAGAUGUGGAGUGUAACUGUAAUCUUACUGCAGACAGUGAGUUGUUGAAAUUGCUGAAAAGCAGUUUCAUUUUCCCCACCGUACUGUGCAGUUCUCUCGAUGCUUUGCCUUAUGGUCGACAGUAGUGGGAGUUUUUGUAUACAUUAGAUUAUGACCCUUGCUUUUUUAAUCUUUAAGCCUUAAAAGAAGGCAGAGAAAACAUCUUGAGAUAUGCGUUUAAAGAACAUCAUGACAAGACGUUUAUGCCCGUCAGCAGCCGUUGACUGUUGAUUGCAACAGAAGUUAGUCACGUCGGGUGAGAGCAGCCAUGUCAGAGGAGGCAGUGCGUCUAACGCGCAGCCAGAAGCGGGCUCUGGAGAAGGACCACGGAGCUCCCUCGGAGCCCCUGGACGACAUGGACAGUAAACGGGUUAAGCUGGAGAAAGGCGACGCAGCAGAAGCUCCCCUGGACGUGGUGGAGUCUGGAGCCGAGGGCGUCAAGCUGAAGAGCGAGCACGCUGCGAAGGUAGCAGCCAGCAUCCUAAAAAGCGGGGGGGAGGUGAAGGCCACCAUCAAGGUGGAGGUGCAGACUGGAGACCAGCCCGUCGACAUGAGCACAACUAAAAGUGACGUAAAGAGUGAGCGUCAGCCUCCGUCGCCGGAUGAUGUGAUCGUGUUGUCAGACAAUGAGUCGUCCAGUCCUCUCAUGAACGGCCACUGCUUCUCGAAGACUGACACAGAUAAACUUAUGAAGAGUUCUCCUGAGGAGAGGGAGCGCAUCAUCAAAACGUUGAAAGAGGAACUGAGACUCCAAGAGGCCAAGCUGGUGCUGCUCAAGAAACUACGACAGAGCCAGAUCCAGAAGGAGAGCACUGUGCAGAAGUCGACUGGCUCUGUAGCUCCUCCUCCUCUGGUGCGAGGUAGCAUCACAUCAAGCAGGGGACCCCUCCAGGUGACCGGUCGAAGCUCGGGCACGGUGAUCCCUCCUCCUUUGGUGCGCGGUGGGCAACACAUGCCGUCCAAACACAACUCUCAGAUUGUCAUGCCACCCCUGGUCAGAGGGGCCCAGCCCAUUGCAGUGACUCCCCAGCAGAUAGCCAGUCUACGCCAGCAGCAGCAUCACCACAGCGGUUCAGGGCCCCCGCCACUCUUGCUGGCUCCCAGGGCUUCUGUGCCCAAUGUCCAGAUCCAGGGCCAGAGGAUCAUUCAGCAGGGACUCAUCCGGGUGGCUAAUGUGGCCAACAGUAACAUCAUGGUCAACAUCCCUCAGGCCUCUCCAACCAGCCUAAAAGGCUCUUCAGUGUCGCCCAACUCGAACAUCAAUGACUCCCCGGCCAGCCGGCAGGCGGCUGCUAAGCUAGCUCUGCGUAAGCAGCUGGAGAAGACGCUGCUGGAGAUCCCUCCGCCUAAACCUCCCGCCCCAGAGUUCAACUUCCUGCCUUCAGCAGCCAAUAAUGAAUUCAUCUACUUGUUGGGGCUGGAGGAGGUGGUGCAAAAACUUCUGGAGAUGCACGGCAGGGGUAAUCUGGGCCCAGCUGCUGCCAUUGCCAGCUCCAUUCCCAAAGAGCCAUACACCUGCGCCCAGUGUAAGACAGACUUUACCUCCCGCUGGAGAAAGGAGAAGGCUGGGACUAUCCUCUGUGACCAAUGCAUGUCGUCCAAUCAGAAGAAGGCCCUGAAGGCCGAGCACACCAACCGGCUGAAGGCGGCCUUCGUUAAGGCACUCCAACAGGAGCAGGAGAUCGAGCAGCGUAUCCUCCAGCAGGCGGCCUCCUCUUCCUCCAGUGUCUCCAAAACCUCCUCUCCUUCACUGUCCAAGAGUGAGGUGCUGGUGUCCCAGCAGUACAAGCAUGUCAGGGCUGCUAUGCAGCAGCACAGAUCUGUGUCUGCCCACCACUCCCACAAGCAGAGUCACCUGUCGCACAACAUCCAGUCAAUGAGCUCUCGUGGUGUGACCCACUCGUUCACCUCCUCCUCGCAGCUGCAGAGUGCGAUGGCGGCAGCGGCGCUGGGCAGCAGGGCGGGUAAGCAUGCUGCAGGGCGCCCGCUGCAUCAGGGCGCGAAGGUCAGCGCCGGCAGCAGCAACCAGGGCAACGUGGCUGCCUGGAGGAAGCAGGGCGGCGGCAACACAGGUGUGACUAUGGCCUACGUGAACCCCAGCCUGUCUGCCCACAAGACCACCUCUGCUGUGGAGCGCCAGCGGGAGUACCUGCUGGACAUGAUUCCCUCCCGUUCUAUCUCCCAAGCAGCCAACACAUGGAAAUAAUGCAAUCUCACUCCCUACUGACAUCAUAACUAUUACCCCUCCUAAUAUCAAUAACCGCCAUUCUCAUGAUCACUCUAAUCCCUUCUAUGGACUUUGCCUCUGGCCCAAAAUAAUGCUGGGGAGAAUCAGCCUAGUUUUUUUUUUGUUUUGUUUUUUUUGUCCCUUCAGCUCCUCCUCAGAUAUUUCUGCUACCACCAUCUUUACCCGAGUCCUUCAAGUGGAGUUGUGCUGCGACAGCUCAGGCUCCUGAGAUCCAGAUCAAGGAUUAUGAACUUGGGAGGGUUGGGGUUUACAUGGGCUUGUACAAUUUUACAAACAUCUCCGGCGAUGUGGCCCCACCCUCCCUCCCUCCCUCCCUCCCUGUAAAUUGGUUGAACCUCCGUGUUGCACCAAGACAAAUGAACCCCAAGCUCCCCUGCCUCUGGAUUAGGCUGGGGAAAAAAACCCAACAUCAUAAUCACCAACUACACACAUUAAUAUCUUCGCCUUACGUCCUACCCCUCUCCAGUCUGAGCCGCUCUGACUCAGGCCCGUGUGGCGGCCGAACCGAACUUAACUGAAGACCUCGCCACGGGGAUUGUUGUUGAGCUUCAAGGACCAUCCGCAAAACAAUUACUGCUUCAGCUUUGCAAAAACAAAGAAAAUAGAGAAGAAAAAAAAAAGGACUAAAAAUGAUCUAUCUGCACACAGACUUCCUCUUCUCUCUGACCCACAGCGCGUCCAGCAGAGAAGAUGAUGUGUCAGAUGGUUUUCUAUGGCUGAAUGUUAGGAUUUUUUGUCUUUUCAUCUGUAAGUCAUAUACUGUGUUUGGAAUAUUGUGCUCCCUGAUACUUUGGAAGUGGCCUCUUGUCGAGGUCUGAAUUUACAGGCUAAUGUUACUGUUGAGGUGGUUUUACAUCUGCUGGGUUCCAUGUUGUGGCCUACUUUUAAAUACUUUGUUUUUUCUAAGAUAAAGAGGAAGAAUAAAGAUGAAGGUGUCACUAACUCAUAUAAAGACACGGAGCGGAUGUUUGGAGGACUAUUCGUAUUGAAUAUUGUAAAAACAAAAAAAAUGAAGAAAGAAAAAAAAAAAAAAACUUCCAAAGAACUAGUGGAGCCCAAAUGGAAUCCCUUCUGCUAGAAGGCGUCUAGUUUAUUUGAACCCUCUGGAUAUAAAUAUCUGGUGUGGGGGUGUAAAGAGUGUCAUAUUAUUGACAUUGUUUUUGCUUUUAGUCAUAGAUUGUGGUGCAUUACUUUUCUUCUGUAGACAAACUGUCUCUGGGUUUAUUUAUAGGGUCAUGUUAGUAAAGAUAUACGCUUAUGCCCUAAGUGUGAAUGGAUCACCAGUUAAACUCCCUCGUGCGUCCAGUGGCUCCCACUCACCUUACGAUUGGUCUUACAGAAGCUGGACAGCUUUCAGAAUGUAGUUAUGCAAAAACCCCUAUAGCAACAAAUGACAUGAAACUUCUUAGUCUUUAACAUUAAGGUGUGUACGGUCUAUGUCAGGUCCUUGGAUUGAGCUAUCUAUGCCUUUCACAUGAGCAUUUUUAUCAGGUUGCAGCAGCACAGGAUAAGCUACAUUAAACAGGGGAAUCCUAACUGCUCAUGGAGUUAUUUUAUUAACAACGUGCUGUGUUUAGUUUCUGUCACUGGGGUGGUCCACCUUUCUUAAACCCUACCACUCAGACAUGUCUGAUGCAAAGUGUCACAUUAGAAGAAGAAA